AGUGCCUGUAUGUGUGUGAGUGUGAAUGUGCGUGUGUGUGUGUGUGUGUGUGCGCGCGUGUGUGUCUCCGAGUCCCUGGGAGAGUGGAGGCUCAUUCACUGAUUAGAGCCAGCGCUGAGAGGCAGCACUGCUCCUUCUCUUACACCAACCGAGUCUCUUGAUCUGUACAUGCAAUCCCAGGCAGCUCGCGAACACAAACCCGGGGCCAGCCGCCUACUGCUGCUACUGCUGCUGCUGCUGCCGCUGCCGCCGCCGCCGCCGCCGCUGCCUCCGCCGGCUCUGCGCACCCGGGACUUUUCAUGCACCACACUCACCGCCUCCUUCCCUCCGUGUCCUGAAAAGUGCGACCUUUCUCCCAAGGAAUUUCCACGGUCUUAGAAGGGGAUGAUUCCCCAGUAAUAUUCCCUGCCCUGAUCCCAGGUGCCACUCCCUCCCAGGGAAGACUGCUUCUUGUGUGACGUCGGCCAUAGAAAGAGACUCCGAUGGACUUACACCGGGCAGCCUUCAAGAUGGAGAACUCAUCCUACCUCCCCAACCCGCUGGCAUCCCCAGCACUGAUGGUCCUGGCGUCCACGGCUGAGGCCAGCCGUGAUGCUUCCAUCCCUUGUCAGCAGCCACGACCCUUCGGUGUACCUGUCUCGGUAGACAAGGACGUGCAUAUUCCGUUCACCAAUGGCUCCUACACCUUUGCCUCUAUGUACCAUCGGCAAGGUGGGGUGCCGGGCACUUUUGCCAAUCGUGAUUUUCCCCCUUCUUUACUACACCUCCACCCUCAGUUCGCCCCCCCCAAUCUAGAUUGCACCCCAAUCAGUAUGCUGAAUCAUAGUGGAGUGGGGGCCUUCCGUCCCUUUGCUUCCACUGAGGACCGGGAGAGUUAUCAGUCAGCCUUUACGCCGGCCAAGCGACUUAAAAACUGCCAUGACACAGAGUCUCCCCACUUGCGCUUCUCAGAUGCAGAUGGCAAGGAAUAUGACUUUGGGACACAGCUGCCAUCUAGCUCCCCCGGUUCACUUAAGGUUGACGACACUGGGAAGAAGAUUUUUGCUGUCUCUGGCCUCAUUUCGGAUCGGGAAGCCUCAUCUAGCCCAGAGGAUCGGAAUGACAGAUGUAAGAAAAAGGCAGCAGCACUGUUUGACAGCCAGGCCCCUAUUUGCCCCAUCUGCCAGGUCCUGCUGAGGCCCAGCGAGCUGCAGGAGCAUAUGGAACAAGAACUGGAACAGCUGGCACAGCUGCCUGCCAGCAAGAAUUCCCUUCUGAAGGAUGCCAUGGCUCCAGGCACCCCCAAGUCCCUCUUGUUGUCUGCUUCCAUCAAGAGGGAAGGAGAGUCUCCGACAGCAUCACCACACUCGUCUGCCACUGACGACCUGCACCACUCAGACAGAUACCAGACCUUCUUGCGAGUGCGAGCCAACCGGCAGACCCGACUGAAUGCUCGGAUUGGGAAAAUGAAACGGAGGAAGCAAGAUGAAGGGCAGAGGGAAGGCUCCUGCAUGGCUGAGGAUGAUGCCGUGGACAUCGAGCAUGAGAACAGCAACCGCUUUGAGGAGUAUGAGUGGUGCGGGCAGAAGCGGAUACGGGCCACCACUCUCCUGGAAGGUGGUUUCCGAGGCUCUGGCUUCGUCAUGUGCAGCGGCAAAGAGAAUCCGGACAGUGAUGCUGACUUGGAUGUGGAUGGGGAUGACACUCUGGAGUAUGGGAAACCACAAUACACGGAGGCCGACGUCAUCCCCUGCACAGGCGAGGAGCCUGGUGAAGCCAAGGAGAGAGAGGCACUCCGGGGCGCAGUCCUAAAUGGUGGCCCUCCCAGCACACGCAUCACACCUGAGUUCUCUAAAUGGGCCAGUGACGAGAUGCCAUCUACCAGCAACGGUGAGAGCAGCAAGCAGGAGGCCAUGCAGAAGACCUGCAAGAACAGUGACAUCGAGAAAAUCACCGAAGAUUCAGCUGUGACCACGUUUGAGGCCCUGAAGGCUCGGGUCAGGGAACUGGAGCGGCAGCUAUCCCGUGGGGACCGUUACAAAUGCCUCAUCUGCAUGGACUCAUACUCGAUGCCCCUAACGUCCAUCCAGUGUUGGCAUGUGCACUGUGAAGAGUGCUGGCUGCGGACCCUGGGUGCCAAGAAGCUCUGCCCUCAGUGCAACACCAUCACAGCGCCCGGAGACCUGCGGAGAAUCUACUUGUGAGCUAGCCACCCCAGGCAGGCCUUGCCUCGAGCGCCCCACCUGCCCCGCCUGUGACGUGACCCCCCCUUGUACAUACUUACACACAGGUUCCCCGUGUACAUACAUGCACACACAAACGCACACACACAUGCACACACACAGGACUCGAGCCAGAGUGGAGGCUGAGGCCCAGGCCCUGCCUGCUGGCUCCCACCAAGAUUGGGGACCCUACCUGUUCCAGGUUCCGUUCCCAGGGUGGGGCAGGGAGGUGGGGGUAGGGGGAGUAGCCAGGCAAGGCUCCUGAGAUCCAGCACCCCCCCCCCCGCCCCCGCCGACUGACAGAUGGACAGACAGACAUGCAAACACCAGACUGAAGCACAUGUAAUAUAGACCGUGUAUGUUUACAAUGUUGUGUAUAAAUGGGACAACUCCUCACCCUCUAUCCCGUCCCCUGCCCUUUGGUUGUAUGAUUUUCUUCUUUUGUUAAGAACACCUAGAAGCAGUGCCUCGUUCAGGGCUGGCUGGGGGCUCGGCCCAUCCACCUCUUGGGGUGCCUGCCUCUCCCUCCCCACUCCCUCUCCCGUGGUUCUCUUCCCUCUCCCAUGUGCUCGGUGUUCAGUGGUGUAUAUUUCUUCUCCCAGAUGUGGGGCACGUGCCCCAAGGGACAUGAUCCUCUCCUUAGUCUUAGCUCCUGGGGCUCCUCAUAAGGAGUUGGGGGAGGGGGGAGGCACAGGAAAUGGGAACCGAGCUGAAGCAGGGGCUGAGACUGGGGCUGGAUGAGGGUGCUUCUGGCUACCCAGCCUUCUGCAGAGAACCUUUCCUGGGAUUAGACUGCUGUUCCCAGGGAAGAGUGUUUGUCUCCCCUGCCCUUCUUGUGGGCCCCAUGGUGUGAUGCUGUGUCUGUAUAUUCUAUACAGAGGUACUUGUCCUCUCCCUUGUAAACUACACUUGACAUGGAUUAAACCAGUGUAAACAGCU